AGCACAGCUCCAUUGAGUGAUUCUGGCCGUACGGACUCAAUCUCCACCGUCUACGGCGGAGACCCAAGUCAAAAGAUCUCUCCUUUCAUCUUCUACGCUCUCGAUCGGCUCCUCCGCAGCCCUGAACAGAGCAGAGGUAAAGUUACUGAUAAACCCCUUUUUUUGUUGUUUCUUGGAUUCAAUCGAGUUCAUCAAUGGCGCCGAGCACAAUUCGCAAGGCGAUUGGGGCGGUGAAGGAUCAGACAAGCAUUAGCCUGGCCAAAGUGGCCGGAAACAUAGCGCCGGACCUCGAAGUUCUGGUGGUUAAGGCCACCACCCACGACGAGGACCCGGCUGAUGAAAAGUACAUAAGGGAGAUCAUAAACCUGACCGCCCACUCGCGCGGAUACGUCACGGCGGCGGUGGCGACUGUGUCGAGGCGUUUGAGCAAAACCCACGAUUGGAUUGUGGCUCUCAAGGUCCUUAUGCUUGUUCAUAGGGUUUUGGUUGAUGGGCACCCUUCGUUUGCGGAGGAGAUUGUGUCUGCAAGUCGGACAGGAGUGCGGUUUCUGAAUUUGUCGGCUUUUCGUGACGAGGCGCAUUCGGGUUCUUGGGAUCAUGCCGGGUUUGUGAGGUUUUAUGCCAUGUAUCUUGAGGAGAAGGUGGAGUUUGAGGUUUAUGAGAGGAAAUCGAGAGGCAGGGAGGGCAGUAGUGGAUUCGAUCAGGAGAGGGAGAGAGCGAAUCGAGAGGAAAGGAGGGAAUUUGAGUACGAAAAUUAUCAGAGUGAUCAGGCAUUGGAGAGAGAGAAGAGAAGAGAGAGUAAGGAUAGUACACCGGUGCGGGAAAUGCGGCCGGAGAGGGUGUUGGUGAGGCUGAAUGAUUUGCUGAGGGUUCUUAAUCGGAUUUUGGGUUGCAGGCCGGUGGGUGCUGCAAAGAGUAGUAGGUUGGUGAUCGUUGCGCUAUACGAGGUUGUGAAGGAGAGUUUUAGGCUGUAUGUUGAGAUAUGUGAGGCAUUGGGGGUGGUGCUGGAUAGGUUUACUGAGAUGGAUUAUGCGGAUUGCGCUAAGGCUUUCGAUGCUUAUGUCAAUGGGGCAAAGAUGAUUGAUGAGCUUGUGGGUUUUUAUGGUUGGUGUAAGGAUAUGGGAAUUGCACGUUCGUCUGAGUUCCCGGAGGUGCAGAGAAUAACUGAUAAGCUUUUGAAGUCGCUUGAGGGUUUCUUGAAGGGGAAGACAACGAGGCCAAAGAGUCCUGAGAGAAACAGGGAGGAUAAUGUUCAGGUUGACGAGGAGGCGAAGCAGGAUGUGAAUUAUGAGGUGAAAGCUCUUCCUCCGCCAGAGAUUUACACUGCUUCUCCUCCCCUGCCAUCAGAAGUCCGGCCUAAGCCUUUGCAGCAUCAGCCUGUGACAGAGGAUUUGGUGAAUUUGAGGGAUGAUGGAAUCACAGCUGAUGAGCAAGGAAACAAAUUCGCUUUGGCUUUGUUCUCUGCGGCUCCUACUGCUACUAAUACAAAUGGGACCUGGGAAACAUUCCCUUCAAAUGGAGAGCCUGAAAUGACUUCGGCUUGGCAGACACCAGCUGCUGAGAGUGGUAAAGCAGACUGGGAAUUGGCAUUGGUGGAGACGGCGAGUAAUCUGUCAAAACAGAAGGCUGAUUUGGCUGGUGGUUUUGAUUCAUUGUUAUUGAGUGGCAUGUAUGAUCAAGGCGCUGUGAAGCACCAUGUGAGCGCCUCGCAAUUGAGUGGUGGGAGUGCGAGUAGCGUGGCAAUGCCGGGGGCAGGCAAGUCCGCUACACCAGUGCUGGCUCUGCCUGCCCCGGAUGGGACUGUCCACGCAGUGGGGCAGCAGGACCCUUUUGCCGCCUCCCUCUUAGUGCCUCCUCCGUCAUACGUGCAGAUGGCAGACAUGGAGAGGAAGCAACAUUUGCUUUCACAGGAACAACUGCUUUGGCAGCAAUAUGGAAGAGAUGGGAUGCAAGGGCAGUUGGGGUUGGCUAAGAUUUCUGGCGGCUACUAUGGCAGUGCUCCUCAACCGAUGAUGCCUCAGCCGGGAGGGUACUACUAUGCGCCCUAUUGACAUUGGAUGCCUUUCCUCCCCUGAGCAAUUUACAGUUUUUGGAUAAAGCUUAUGCUGCAGAUACCUUCUUAUGGUACUUUCUUUUGGAAGACGUUACAUCAUUUUUAGGUUCCUUGCCAUUGUGCUUAUUUCUGGACUUACAUGCAUUGUAUGCACUAUGCAGUUAUAACAUAAAAGGUUUGGGAUUAUAUAUUGAGAGCAAAUUUGGGUUUUCAAA